CCGUCCCCAGCACAGGUCAGAGGAGCCAUGGGGAACCACACCACUGUCACCGAGUUUGUCCUGCUGGGGCUCUCAGAUGCCUGUGAGCUGCAAAUGCUCAUCUUCCUGGGGCUCCUCCUCACCUACCUCCUCACUCUGCUGGGGAAUCUCCUCAUCGUGAUCAUCACCCUCAUGGACAGGCGCCUCCACACCCCCAUGUACUACUUCCUCCGCAACUUUGCUGUCCUGGAGAUCUGGUUCACCUCGGUCAUCUUCCCCAAGAUGCUGACCAACAUCCUGACGGGACACAAGACCAUCUCCCUAGCAGGUUGCUUCCUCCAGUUUUUCCUCUAUUUUUUACUGGGCACCACAGAGUUCCUCCUCCUGGCAGUGAUGUCCUUUGACAGGUAUGUGGCCAUAUGUAAACCCUUGCAUUAUGCCACCAUCAUGAGCAAAAGGGUCUGUGUCCAGCUAGUUCUUUCUUCAUGGAUGACAGGAUUCCUUCUCAUCAUCGUUCCAAGUCUCAUCACAUUUCAGCAGCCGUUCUGUGGCCCCAAUGUCAUUAAUCAUUUCUUCUGUGACAACUUUCCACUCCUGGAACUCAUAUGUGCAGACACAAGUCUGAUAGAGCUGCUGGAUUUUAUUGAGGCCAAUUUCAGCUUACUAGGCACUCUGUUGGUGACAGCCACCUGCUACAGCCACAUCCUCCACACCAUUCUGUGCAUCCCUUCAGCCAAGGAGAGGCAGAAAGCCUUCUCAACCUGUUCCUCUCACAUCAUUGUUAUUUCUAUCUUCUAUGGCAGCUGCAUUUUUAUGUAUUUCCGGUCAGGCAAAGGUGACCAGCGGGAGGACAGGAACAAACUGGUGGCCUUGCUCAGCACCAUGGCAACCCCGAUGCUCAACCCCUUCAUCUACACCCUGAGGAACAAACAGGUGAAGCAGGUCUGGAGGCAUCACAUUUCCAGAUUCCACGUGUCCUCAGAUCACCAGAACAUCACAGCCCCUGAUGCUGCACACCUCUGA